AUGAUCAACUGUAGCAACAUCAUGGCUUCUGCAAUUUUUACUCCCAGUUCAUCUUUGUCUUCUUCGUCAUCAAAGCCCUCUCUGCGUGCUUUCUCAAAUUCAGCAAUUUUAAUCCCCAAAAAUUUGAAUGUUCAGCAUUUGAAAUGCAUUCCUCAACUGGGUCUCGGUCUUUCUUCUCCUUGGAACGGUCUUAAGAAUCUGGGCAUCUCAAUCUCGCAACAUUCUGUGAAAAUAGAAAGAAAGGGCAAAUGUAAAGGUAAGGGAGUGUAUGCAUCUCUAUUUGGAGUUGGGGCUCCUGAGGCUCUGGUCGUCGGGGUGGUGGCUUUGUUAGUUUUCGGGCCAAAGGGUCUUGCUGAGGUUGCUCGUAACCUGGGGAAAACUUUACGGGCAUUCCAACCUACAAUUAGAGAACUUCAGGAUGUUUCAAGAGAAUUUAAAAGCACGCUUGAACGAGAAAUUGGUCUUGACGAAAUUGAAAAUCCAGUGAAAAAGAGUCCUUCAUCAAACGCCAACUCCGAAGACCCAAAAUUGAAUGUCGAUCCCAAUGGUUCCCCAGCGCAACCCGAGGAUCCCUUAGCAGCGCAACUGAGAAAUACUCUUGCUCAGCUGCAGAAAGAGCAAGCUCAGGCUGAGUCUCAAGAUACUGCACAAGAAGUUGCUUCAGAAAUGCUUCCUACCGAAAAGCCAGAAAGCAAUGUCGUUGAAGAAGCUGCAUCAGCUGUGGAUCCCCCACCUAAGCCUGAGAAUAAUGCUGUUCAAGUAGUUACACCAGCCGUGGCUACCCAAUCGAAGCCCGAAAUCAAUGAACUUCAAGAAGUUGUUUCAACGGGGCCUCCUCCUUCAAAGCCCAAAAAUGAGUCAUGA